AUCCACUUAGGACCACUUAUUAAUACAAUACCAUCAGAAGAUAGCUCAGUCUAUAAAUUGUAGAUAGCUCAUAUGCAUGAUCUCUUAGUCCCAGGGAAACCAGAAUUCACUUAAUUUGUAACUAUAACUCAGACUCUCUAUAACAUACAUGUAGACAUGCAGAUAUCUGUCUUUGGUGUUAUUGUUUAUGAGGUUUGAUUUGUACCAAUCGGCAGCUUGCUGUUGAUUAUUACCUUAUAAAUAGAGUUAAAAGAGGUUAAGAGAAUAAUUGGUAUAAUGGUAUUAUUAUGUUGAGUUCAAAAACUGUAUUUAAUAUGUUCAUUUCAGGUCAUAGGGACAUGGUAUGGAGUGUUGUCUACAGCAGAACUGAACAGGAUCUCUUUGUUUCAGUAUCACAGGAUGGCAGGGUUAUUCUGUGGGAUGCAAGAACACCCAAAGCGGCUUCUAAACUAACAGAUUCCUCUCAGUACAACAGCAUUCCACGUUGUGUAGAUUGGAGUCCACUAGACAAUCAUUUACUAGCUAUUGGUUAUGAAGAUGGAUAUGUUUGCCUCUGUAACAUCCAAGACCCUAAGCAACCUGUUCUAACUUAUUGCCCUCAUGAAAGGGCUGUAAACAAAGUGGCUUUCUCCCCUAGAAGUCCCGAGUGGCUUGCGUCAGUUUCAGAUGAUAUGUGGGUCCAUGUUCAGGAUUGCCUCCAUGAUACAACAGUACUCAGAAGCGAUGAACACACAGAGGUCGUGCGAAGCCUGGCGUGGAGUCCUGGGGACGACACUCUUUACACCAGCGGCUGGGACCAGCAGAUAUUCAGUCAUGCGUUUGACUGUGGUGAACCUUCAGACCUUAACGUGGAAACCAGCAAAUCGCAAGCAACCUCUGUGUCCAUGGACAUGGAUGCCAUGAACCAGGCACACUUUAAUGGAGAUGUUAAUUGCGCCUCUCAAGAUGACGAGAACGCCGAAGAAACAAUGGAAAUUGAAGGAACGAGACAUAUUCAAAAGACUGCCGUAUCUGCUAGUGUGGAAAAAGAUUGUGCAGUUGACAUUGCUAGCUAGCACGUGUUUUCAUAGUGUCAAUAUUAAUGCUAUUUCAGCGUAAAAGUUUACCAAAGGAAUGGAAAGAGGAAGCAAUUAUUAGCGAAUUAGCACUGUCCAAUUCUGUUAAAGCUAAGCUUCUGGUGCAGUCGCAAACAAGCUUCUGGAGUAAGCGCACGUGUCCGAAUAACACUAUAUCUUACUCAAUAAUAGAGCACGGAGCGAUUUCGUUGAAAGCUAAGCUUCUCUGUAAAGUUAUUAUUCAAGGUUAUUAUCAAGGUUGCUCCCACUACGAGGAGACGAGACAAUAACAAAUUGGAUGUGCAAAACAAAGAUGCUUAUUCUCCAAAUUCUUUGAACAUGUUUUUAAAAUUUUGUGGCGGAAAGUAAGAAAGGAAUUACAAGGCCCUCCCUCCUGAUUUGCCACUCAAGUGCCGUGUAUGAAAAGUCAGUUUGAUACCUCCAUUCUUGUUCAAGAGCCCUGUCAUUAAACAAGCGGUUGAAUUGA